AUGGCUUUGUCAAUGGCGAAACUAGUGGACCUGAAGUGGACGUCGAAGCUCCAAAAUACCAAGAGGCAGAUUUUAGACCGUUGUUUAGCAAUACUAAACAGAGUUUUGAGUUUCCAUGAGAAACAAGAAAAGAAUGGAACAAGCUUUAGUUGUAGCAAAACCGCGCUUGCUGUUGAGAUCAUAACGGAUGAUAUAGUAGAAGAGAUUCUUCACCGGUUUCCUAAUCCGCUGAGAUAUCUGUUAAGAUUUAAAUCAGUAUCGAAGUGGAAGUCUUUGAUCGACUCCGGCAAUCUAGCAGAGAAACAUCUCUGUCUCCGUCUGAAAAAGUAUGGAGCCGAAGAGCUGAAAAUCACUUUUGAGGAGUCCCCAGCUAGAGGCUUCCUUAUAAAGUAUUUCUCAAAACACUGUGCGUUAGGACCAAACAACAGAGAAUCAGAAUCAGAAGUACUUCCUCGAGUUGCUGUUUUUAAUGGUUUGUACUGUCUCUGUGUCUGUGAUUAUAGACGAAGUUUGGAUCCGGACGUGUGGGUUCUUGUGCAGGAAGAGGUUACUGAGAGGUGGGAGAGAACUAAAUUCGCUCCUUUUGAUGCUGUCCUUCCUCCAUUAUGGUUGUGAUCAGCUUGGUUUUCACAGUCCUUGGUUUCUCCGUACCAGUCGUUAUCUUCAAAGACAUAUCGCUACUAG